CACAUGCCAUAAACCAACACGAAUCAACGUCAAAACAUAAUAAAAUGGAUUACAUAAAAAAAUUUGGUUGAGAUAAAAUCGAGGCAAAAUUUACCAGUAAUGUGAGGGGGGGAUAAAUAUAAAAAAAUAUGGAUCACUACUUGACCACCUACAGGAAGGACUACCUAUGGCCAAACUUACCUGGAGCCCAUUCUGCCGGUGAAGGGGGAGGCAUUGCAGAAGCACCAAAGCUAUCUGGGCAGGAAUUAGCCUUCUACCAGGCAUGUAUGCAACACACGAGACCGGCAGACUGCAGAUGUCCUCAGUAUUCCGGACAGGAAGUUCAGCUGCCACCAGGAAAAGAGGGAGGAUGGAGUAGGAAUGAGCUAAUGGGUCCCAUGCUGGAUCCCAAAUUGUAUCCAGUAAAAGUUGGCGCAAGUCCAGAGACAGCUUCAUCUAGAUAUGACCAGCCAAAUGCAUUUUUGGAUAAAUUACAAUCAAAGUACCCGAUGCUGUACAGCAUAUUGCAGAACGAAGCAUCUCCAGAACUGAAGCAGAGGAUCGACCGCGACAGGAAUAAGACGACGUACCAAGUUGACUUCUGUGAAACAGGUCCGGGCGCCAAGUUUGAAGGUUUGCAACGUGCAGCCGACGAGAGUGGCACAGGACCCUGUGCUCAGCCCAUGCGUCUACCCGGAGACCCAUGCAGAGUGGGACCCAAACCCAGGAUGACAACUCCAAGGUCAAUCUCUAAGCAGGCAGGAAGUGGAGCUGCCAGCGAUCCACGAGCUAAAUGUGAAACCUCAUCAGCCACCCCUCCACUUGGCAAGUCGGAAUACCAGGAUGGCGUGUCUAAGCUCGGUGGUAUUAUAAUGAGGGACAAACUUCACAGGAGAUGAGCAGCUCCAAUAAAUACCAUGCGUUGGAUAUCAAUAAACUGAUUAUAUAUAAUCUAA